UCGGUGGUGAGUUGGUUUGCUCUCGUGGUAGAUAGCGGCACUGAUUAUUGACUGUGUGAUGACGCCUUCGGCAGGGUCCUGAUGGCCAGUGCCUGAAAAAUCAGUUCGAUAGUGACACUGAUUCCUGCUGGACGCUCGUCGAUCUCCGCGAGGAAGUUCACUUACGGUUCUUUUCAGGUGAACCACCGACCUCACUCCAACUUCUCGAGUUCCAGAACGGUCAGCAAAAGCAACAUUGUGACUCAUAGAAACACACGCGAAGAAACCCAAAGACACCACCUCCAAAUAUAUUUGUUUUAAAAUAUAUCUUUCGAGCGAACGAUAUCGAAUCCUCAGUGAGAUAGUGCUACACAGAGACUGGUUAACAUUGUCGUCAGUGGAACAUCACUCAUUAGUAUUUGUGUGACAAUCAUCGCCUUCUUUGGAACCAUUUGCGACCCGAUGUGCACUUGAACAGUCUUCAUGCACCUCUUGUCCGCCCCCAACCUUGACCAUCCUCAUUUUAAAAUGUCGACUGCGAUGGAGGAACGCUUAAGUCAUGGCAUCUCAUCCGGGACGUUCCCCGGGUCCAACCAUCGGACGGACUUCAACCCGCCUUACCAUUUUCCGCCUUUCCCUCAACAGACUCCGCCCGAGGUGUUUGGCACCCAAUCGCCACACCUCUCGGCCGGCGAUCCCUAUAGUCUAAAUAAUUCAUUACAUUUUCAAACCUCACAAGCUAAUAUGCACGCAGCUUUCUCGUACGAUCGGAGAGCCACAGAUCAUUAUACUCGUCUACCUUUGGAAACCCAUGAAAACAUCACAGUCAACAACAAUGAACAUCCUGUGGAAGGCGAGACAGCCUUUAUACCCGGAGAGCCUUCCUUCCAAAUCAAAAGGGAAAAUGGUAUCCGCACCCGAGAUCCCAACAUCAAAGAUGGCAGCGGUCUCAUGACCAGUCCAGCCGACGUGUUCUGUUCAGUCCCCGGACGCCUUUCCCUCCUGAGUUCCACUUCCAAAUACAAGGUGACUGUGGCCGAGGUCCAACGGCGGUUGUCGCCACCAGAAUGCCUGAACGCGUCUCUCUUGGGCGGAGUCUUGCGGCGGGCCAAGUCAAAAGAUGGCGGACGCAACCUUCGCGACAAACUCGACAAAAUCGGUCUCGCUCUGCCCGCCGGCCGACGAAAGGCCGCCAAUGUGACUCUUCUGACAUCUUUAGUUGAAGGUGAAGCCAUCCAUUUAGCCCGUGAUUUCGGUUAUGUGUGUGAAACCGAAUUUCCCGCUCGACAAGUGUCCGAGUUCCUCUGUCGACAGAGUAGUUCAGAUCCCAGCGAUAUGUAUCGACGGAGAGAACUUGUAAUGGCUGCCAAAGUGAUCACCAAGGAGCUCAUGGACCUCCUGAACCAAGACCGUUCUCCACUGUGCAACACCCGGCCUCAACAAAUCCUGGAUCCCGGGAUUCAACGCCAUCUCACUCAUUUUUCACUCAUCACUCACGGGUUCGGCUCGCCAGCCAUCGUGGCUGCCCUCACAGCCAUUCAGAAUUACCUGAACGAGAGUCUCAAGUAUAUGGAUAAGGCCUACCCCAACGGAUCUUCCGGUCUGCAUGCUUCCACCCCGCCGUCCUCCUCCACGGCAGCCUCUCCCCAUUCGUCGUCCCUUAUGCAAGACACCAAGCCCAUCUACAUUGAUACCAAGGCCUUACUAGGUCAUCACAUGUCCAUGUCCGACAAGAAAUGACGCCAGAGAUAGGGUGGUCGGAAAUAUUGACCAAUCACACGGUCACACAACCUUUCUCUUUCGCCCCAAGAAAAGCUUCGGUCGAUUGCCUCCCUAGGUCUUAGGGAGGGCCUGGAAUGUCAACAGUAUUUAAUUUCAAUCCCGAAAAAGACACCCUCGCCCGAUGUAGAGCCCAAGGAUUCAAAAACUUUGCUCUCCCAUCCACUAAACGACAAAGCAAGGUUUCAACAUUAGGGGUUUAUCGAGUCCAUCCGGUCUUGAGCCUUCGGCCCCAACCUCUGGUCCCCAUCUGUCUCUUUAUCCCUGUUAAAACCGUAAAAUCCGUUCCAAUGCCUCCUUCACUUUUGCUUCCCCCCGAUUUCUUCUUCCUUCGUUCCUUCGAAUCUACUCCAUCCAAUCUGAGUCUGUGAUUUUUUCAUCUUGCCACAUGUCUAUGAUGUUACGAAUAAUAUAACCCCGAAUGAAAUAUUUUCUCUUUCUGGAGCCUCGUAGAAUACUUAGUCAAACCACUCCCACCCCGCCGCCUCCCACCCCUUUUGUGCAAUUUGCGUCCAGAAUAUCACAACCCCGACUUCACUUCAGGCAGCAAAACACAUUGUGAGACAAAAAGUGCCAAAAAUCGUUAUGUCCUUGGGUCAACAUGUCUCCACGGACCUUUGGAAUACUGAAGCAGGACAGUUGCGGAAAAGCGUGCAAUACGUUACGAAAAACACAUUGAUUCCGGCGCAAAUUUCCUGACAUUGUUGUUGUUGUUGUUAUAAUAAUAAUGUUUUUUCUUCUCUUUCUUCCCUUGUCCUCUGGGGGCCCUUGCUCUGAUUUUUGAUGUAUUUUCGUGCCCACUCUUUAAAAAGCCCAACACCGUCACUUACUUCUCAUAUACGUAGUAUGUUUUGGAUCCACCCAAGAAGAGCCUUGCCUCGGUCACUACCAACCUUCAUCGCAAUUGUUAUUGUCCAAUUCUAUCAUAUCUUCACCAUAAACAUAAACAUAAACAUCAUCAUCAUCAUCUUCAUCAUAUUCCAUGUUUAGGUAAUUUUUUCCAUCAGACUAUUUUUCACUGUAAAAUAAACACCUUGGUAUGACCACGCCAA